CCAACGUUUCCCGCCUUCCUCUUCCCCUCUCCUGCCCAGUCCACGUGCCCUUCGGCGCUGCUCUUCCCCUUCCUUCCUUCCCGCUCCCGACUGGAGUAUCUGCUCGCCUGCGCCCCCCGCCCCGCUGCUUUCGGGGACGCUUCUCCGCCCUCCCCAGACGCUCAGCGUCUCUGCUCGGCGGUGCCUUCCUCCUCCCCGCAGCCGCGCUGCUCUUUCAUCCCUCGAGUUUAAUUGCGCGCGCUUUCCCCCCUCCCUCGGCGGGCGGGGGCUCGUCCGGGGCCAGCGCUCCAUGUGCGCGCUUGGGCGGCUGAUGGCCCUGCCCUCGCCUCUGUCAUUUCUACGUCAGACUCGGAGCCGCCUGAGAGCGCUCCCGCUCUUUCUGGCUCACACUCGGGACGGAAACGCGCAGGGUGGCAGCCGCCUGCUCCCGCCUCCUCGGCUCCUGCCCGCCAAAGGCAAAGAAGGGACGCGGCUCCAGCCACGCGACGGGGCAGACGGCGGCGAGCAGCGGCAGAAGCAGCAUCCAUGAGAAGCAUCUCUCAGCCUUGAAGCAGAGUGGCAUACCUAGCUGCGGCAGAGAUGAAUGAAAGCAUUGCCUUGAAUGAAACCAGGAGCCCUGUGCCCUGGAUCCAAGCCAGCAACCAGAAUUCUUCUCUGGAGCUCUCCUCCAAGCUCCCCAUCUUUACCAUCAACCCUUGGGAUAUUAUGCUCUGCAUUUCUGGGACCAUCAUUGCCUGUGAAAAUGCGAUCGUUGUGGCCAUUAUAUUCUACACUCCCAACCUAAGAACCCCAAUGUUUGUGCUGAUUGGGAGCUUGGCCACAGCAGACCUACUGGCUGGAGUUGGCCUGAUCCUCAAUUUUGUUUUCCAGUAUGUGAUCCAGUCAGAAACCAUCAGCCUUAUUACAGUUGGCUUCCUAGUUGCCUCUUUUACUGCCUCUGUGAGUAGCUUAUUAGCCAUCACAGUUGAUCGCUACCUUUCCCUGUACAACGCACUGACUUACUACUCUGAGAAGACUGCUCUCUGUAUUCAUAUGAUGCUGAUCAUCACAUGGGGGGUUUCCCUCUGCUUAGGACUUCUACCUGUCUUGGGCUGGAAUUGCCUAGAAGAUUAUUCAUCGUGCAGUAUUGUGAGACCCUUGACCAAAAGUAAUGUGACCUUGCUGUCUGCCUCCUUCUUUGUCAUCUUUAUUCUCAUGCUGCACCUGUACAUUAAAAUCUGCAAAAUAGUUUGCAGGCAUGCACACCAGAUAGCACUCCAGCAACAUUUUCUGACUGCAUCUCACUAUGUUGCAACCAAAAAGGGAGUCUCAACACUUGCUAUAAUCCUUGGGACUUUUGGAGCCAGUUGGUUACCUUUUGCUAUCUACUGCAUAGUUGGAGAUUCCCGCUAUCCUGCUGUGUACACUUAUGCCACACUUCUACCUGCUACCUACAAUUCCAUGAUCAAUCCUAUCAUUUAUGCCUACAGAAACCAAGAAAUUCAGAGGUCUAUGUGGGUUCUGUUUUGUGGCUGCUUUCAAUCAAAAGUGUCCUUUCGUUCAAGAUCCCCCAGUGAUGUCUAAGUGACUUCUCCUUCUGUGUCGUUUUGCACAAAGUGACAAUCUUUGACUUUUGUGAAUUACAGUGCCUGGUAUGAACCAGAUACAUGUUGUGAAAUUGUUUUUUUGGGGGAGAUGUUUAAACAGUAGCACUUUAUGUGUGUGUAUUCUUGAGAAUGUGAAAAGUCUAAAGCUUUUGGUUGUGGGUGGGGGGACAACAGUGUGGUUGUAUGCAAGAUUGUGCAUCACAUUUGUAAAGUGGAGGCAUUCCAAGACUACGUAAUUAUAGCACUUUAUUUUUAGCUGCUGAACUGCCAAAACAGUAUUGCCAUUUUUAAAGGGCAAAAAGAAAGAGAGAGAAGUAGUAAAAUAUUGUCUGAUUAUUUUGGGAUGUGAGUGAUAAUAUAUUUUGCUGCACAGUAUUGACAAAUUAUGACAUUUUGUACACAAAUAAAACAAUUCAUUACAUAUUUUUA